AUGCUCAACCGGGGAUAUUCGACCAGGCCUACGCAUUUCGGCAGCACGAGGAAAGACGCGCCGCUUGUGCUGUACAUCUCUAAUGCACCGUAUUCGACAUACGCUGAUUACUCGUUUAUCGAGAAUGCGCUUCCGGACUUCCAGGUGCAGCAGGUGCUGCUUAACUCAUUCAACCUCGUUACCCAGGGAAAAGGUACACUGAACGGCGACUUCCCGGAAUGUCUCGGUGCGCAGCCGUCCAGCGUUUUAUUGAAAGGCUGGGCUGGAACGCACCCCUUAGUGUCAGACAUGCUUUGA